GUCCCCUCAGAAGACUGGGGAGGCAGCUACGGUGGCGGCAACCCAGGCGAAACCGGGGGAGAGAUCCCUUGCCGCCGCAUGCGGAGCGGCAGCUACAUCAAGGCCAUGGGUGAUGACGACAGCGCCGACUCAGACACCAGCCCCAAAGCCUCGCCCAAGUCCACCCUGAUCGCUCAGAGGGACGCCUUCCGACGAUCCAUCAGCAUGGAUCAGAGGUACUCGUGUAAGCAGUGCACAGAUUCCUACCCUAACAGCCGGACCACGCCCAAAACCCACACCCGCUCUCGUAGUUACACCCGCUCUCUGACCAGCUCACAGCUGGGAGAAACAUUGAACCGUCAGUUUGAGGCCGUGUGUGAGACCAUGUUCGGGGAGGUGGAGUCCCAGGCCGUGGAGGCCCUGGAUCUACCAGGCGUGUUCCGCACCCGCAGCCACAGCUACGUCCGCGCCAUCCAGGCCGGCUGUUCCCAGGACGACGACUGCCUCUCCGUCUUCUCCAUGUCAGGUCCCCAGGGAAGCAUCAAGGGCGGGGCCGUCUGUCCAUUUUGUAAGUAUCCACCUCCCCCUCCCCCCUGUUCAGAUAGUUCCUAUUUUGCUUCUAACAGCCCACUAUGCCUCUGUCUUCCUUUCUCCCUCUCUUCUGACACUUCAGUCUUUCCUUAUCGUAAAGGUGCUCCUCCCCCACUCCCACCUCGCAUGUCCAAGUCUUCACUCUCGGUGAGGGCCCAGAGCAGCACAGAGUCCACCCAGGACGCCUACUUCCAGAGCAGCGGACAGUUGGCCUCGGUCUCCGGGCGCCCUAAGCAGCACAGCAACUCCGUUGACAUGGGCAGCUCUGACGGACCCUCUGGUCGCUCCUCCAGGGGGGGCUACUACACCGCCACGGGCACUGGACGCUCCAGGCAGCACAGUAACUCGGCAGAGAGCCUAGACGGGGUCAGGGGUUCACGGGAGCUAGUGCCCUAUGGAGGGGGUCCAGGAGUCGGGGUGAGAGCCAAACACAGCAGCUCAGCUGACAGCCUACUGGAAGGGCCACCGAGGCCGGCCAGAGAGAGGGAGAGCAAGGCUGGGGGUAGCCUGGGGAAAUCAGUCUCUCUGCCUCAGAACAGCAUAGUGCUGAGUAAAGCUGUAGGGCAAGAUGAAGGAAGAAGAAAGUGGAGUCCAUCAAUAGCUGUGCAGGUGGACAGCUCGGAGACCCUUUCAGAUUCAGAGGGAGAGGGAAAAGCUCUGACAGAGGUCCACUCUAUAGGGGUCCAGGUGGAAGAUGACAAAAGGAGGGCUCGUUUCAAGCGCUCCAACAGCGUGACGGCAAGCGUGCAGGCCGACCUGGACCCUGAGGGCUUCCCGGGGCUCAGCAUCGCCGUGCCAACGCAGGACAAGAGUCUUCAGUUCGGAUGCUCUUUCCAAAGGCACUCGUCGGAGCCCGAGUCGGCCAGUCAGUACGCAGAGUGCCACCGCACCGUCCACACGCAGGGACAGUGGGCCUACAGAGAGGACUUUAUUCAGAGUGGCUACACCACCGAGGCCUGCCCAGCAGACCCGCGGCCGCACCAGCACCCGCACUUGCCCCCACGUUCCCACUCCCCUCUGCCCAUCACCUCUGAGCGAGCCUGGGCGGGAACACCGUCCCUGGAGGGCCCCCGCAGCCUGCCUGACUCGGGCCGAGCCUCACCCUGCAUGAGGGACGGAGAGUUCUUCUUGCGCCUCCUUCAGACAGAAGUGGAGAGGAUGGAGGGCUGGUGCCAGAACAUGGAGAGAGAGGCGGAGGAGAACGAGCUGCCCGAGGAGAUUCUUGAGCUGAUUCGAAAUGCAGUUGGCAGCGCCCAGAUGCUCAUGUCUCAGAAAGUCCAGCAUUUCUUCCGCCUCUGCCAACAAAGUGUGGACCCAUCAGCCUACCCCCAGCCCACCUCUCAGGACCUGGCAGGCUUCUGGGACCUGCUCCAGCUCAACAUAGAGGACGUCAGGGUCAGGUUUCAGGACCUCAAGAGGCUGAAGGACUCUGGUUGGAGGCUUCCACCUGAAAAGAAGGAGGACAAGAAGCUUCCUCCUCCUUUACCAAAGAAGCCAGCGGGUGGCGUGAGCGGCAGCCUCCGAGCCGAUAGCGCUGGUGAGGUGGGCAGCGGAGGUGGGUCAGGGGGCCUUGUGGUGCCUCGCGUGGGCGGUCACACCCUGCCCAUCAGGGAGAAGUCCCUAGACCUCGGGGAUCGUCAGAGGACGGAAGCGAGGAGGAGGCUGCUGCAGACCAAGAGAACCGCCUCCUUCAGGCAGAACUCGGCCACGGAGAGCGCCGACAGCAUCGAGAUCUACAUCCCCGAAGCCCAGACUCGACUCUGAACACAAGGACUGUGGUGUCUCCCUCUCCACCUCCUCACUCACCUCAGACAGACCUGCACCUCAUUUUGGAUCUGGUGCGGGUCAUCUG